CAACCCUAUGUUGCUUUUCGUCGUCACAUCAUCAGAAACUCUCUCUGUUUCCUUGGCUUCCAGGUAUUCUGCUCCUUCCUCUUAGAAGAAAGAAGGAAAGAGCGGUUCUUUUUCCUCUCUUUCUCUCUCUGCGAGGCUCUCCUGUGCCAUUGCAGGAGUGUCUUUGAACAAAAGCUAAAUUUGAGAAGCAUCGCAGAGAGAGAUCGAGCAUUUUCUGUUUUUAUCGGAAAGGAAGAAUGGCAGUUUCCAGGGUUUCUCUUGCAGCUGUUUUUGUAGCUCUCGUUUUUGCUAUGAUUGCCUUGCCUGCUGCUGUUCAGGCCCAGUCCUCUGCUCCCGCCCCUGCCCCCACAAGCGAUGGGACGUCGAUUGACCAAGGAAUUGCAUACGUGUUGAUGCUGGUGGCGCUGGUGCUGACAUACCUCAUUCACGCUGCUGAUAUCUGCUUCAGCUUUUGAGCUUGCUAAUGGAGCUAGGUUGGGGUGCUGAGUUUUUUUUUUCCCUCUUUUUUGGGUAUAAGUUAAGACUAAAGAGUGAGAAAAAGGAGAGAGAGAUGGGAAUUGUAACAUUUGGUAUUUUGUUGGGGGAUGGAUGAUGUGCAACCAUGGUUCUAAAUGUUUGUAAUUAGAGAUUUCGAUUAAUCACUUGGGCUUUUGUGGAUGUUGGUAAUGUCAUAUUUAUGUUUGGUGGUAUUCAGAUUUUCAGUCUUCUUUUCUA